GGGAGCUGUGCCAGCCCUCCCAAUGCCUGUGCAUGCAGGACUGGCCUUGCUGGUGCUGAGGGUGCUGCUGUGUGUGCUUGCAGUGUCCUUGUGGCCUGCAGAUGGAAGCUGCUUCCUUGCCAGGGGCUGUUUGGGUGGGCUCUCCCCUGCCGAGGAGGGCAAUGCCUGUGCCAGGUGCUUGUGGCCGAGCGCGUCCCCUGGGUGCUGGGGCCCCCUUGGGCCCUGGGGUUGAUCCCUGGGGGCUGUAGAAACUGUGCCAUGGCCUUUGCCUUCAGCUUGGCCUUUUCCUCCUCCCUUCUUGCAUUGCCCUGCUGUGCCUUUGUGCCCAAGUGCUGCAGGGGCUUCUUGUGCCCGUCCUGCAGCCCCCCUGAGUGCCUGUGGGUGCUCAUCGUGUGACAGCUGCUGAGCUUUCUGCAAAACCAUUCCUUUCUCCAGUGACCCAAACCAAAUCCUUCAAACAUACUCUCGAUCCUUGCAGGAAUAAUCCCCAUUUCCCAGCUGUUCCUUCCUGCUGGGCCUUGUGCAACCCCUGCCCUGCCCAGCCCGUAUCCCAGAGGCGAUGCCUGUUCUGGAAACUGGGGAUACAAAGGAUCUGCAUCAGCUGCAAAAUUUAGAGCAUUACACCGUGCAUAAAAACGUCGCAGUCCUCAGUGUUUUUCUCUUCUCCCUCUUUUCCGUCAUAUUUUUUCUUAUCACAGAGAUUCCUCCUGCUGCUUCUUGCCUUAACCAUUUUUCCGCACACUCCCCUUCACCCUAACCCUUCCCAGCACACCAACACCAUCCAUCCCCUGCUGUCUAAAUCCCUUCUCCACUUCCCUUAUUGCCCCCCUGGGUGUCCAUGUCCUUAAUGACCUCUGGGAGAAUGUGCAAACUGCCUCAGCAUUCUCCCAAGGAACCCUUCCGACAUCUUUUGGGAUCAUCAUCCCUUUGGCCAGGAGCCCUUCCUGGCUUUCCCUUUUGCACCCUGCAUGGGUGCCCUGCCCUGUUUCCUCCCUGAAGAUGCCAGUGUCCUCAGUGAUGAGAUUUUCAGUGCUCUCUCCGUGGGGACUCUUCCCAGCCCCCUGAUGUGUCCCUCGUCUGUCUCCUGGACACUCUCGGGUCCCCAGUCAAUCCCCGGUGCCGCCACCACCCAAGGGAGCCGAUCCCCCAAAGUGGGUGAGGCACCUUCAGCUCCACUCCCUGCCCGCUGCCCCGGGGGGUGGAAGGAAUUCUGGGUGAGCCCCAAGGUGUGUGGAAAAAUUCACAUCACCAGAGAUUUGUGUACACAGAGGAAACAGAGGAGUCCUGUACAAGUAAUUUCAUUACUAAAAAAAGGGAGAGGCCAUGGAACAUUUCCCAUGGGGUCUCUCCAAAUGUUGGAGGACACAGCCUCGUUUUCAUCCAGAUUUUCCUGGCUGCAUCUCCUUCUCCCUUUCCCCAUAGACGGAAGUACUUAAGAAGUACAGACUUCCCAAUCCACCCACUACAUACCCCCUUAAUAUGCAGCCCACUUGUGUAUAGGUAACGAUAUUCACAGCUCUGUUCAGUCUUUGUUCCUCUUCUCGAAGUUCAUGAAUUCAGCAGGACCUUGGCUGAGCAGCAGUCUGUGUGGUCAGUUAAUAACAUUUUGUGGCACUGAUGGCUUCUUCUGUCCCUUCCUUCUGUACAAGUGGCUGUCCCUAUCCCCAGUCAGACUGACAGCAUCUGUUUGUAAAGACACUUUGCUCUUCUUCCUUUCCUGGGGGUCCCCGUUUGCAGUGGGGAGCGAGUGCGGGCGGGAGCGGCUGAAAGCCCAGCGCUGCCCCAGCCCGAGCUGCCCCAGCUCCAUGGCUGCCCCUGCAGUGGGAUGCUGUGGGUUUGGGGGGAAGAGGGAGGCGGCAGUGGGUGCUGGGCCUGGGGGCAGGAGGCGAAUGGAAGGAGAAGCAGGGCUGAGGAAGAAAAUGUUCAAAGGAUGCAUGUGGGAGGAAAAGGUGGGAUUGUGCAGGAGAAGGAGGAAUAGUAUGAGGAAGAGGAGUGUUAGUGAGAGUAGGGACACAGGAGGAGGAGCAGGAAGAGGAGGCCGCACAAGGUUCCACCCCUCCCUGGAUCUGCAGCCUCCCCCCAGCCCCAGGAGCGUUGUCCCCCCACAUGCAGCAGGAUUUUUCAUUCCCAAGGAGUGUCCGGAUGGAGGAGGAGGAAAAGCCCCAGAGAUCCCGCCCGAGGAGGGGCUGCAAACCCAGCGCAGGGAGCUGCGAGGAGGAAAGACCUGCCCUGUGCCAGGAGGGUGGCCGGAGAUGCAGGCGGAGCUCAGAGCUGGGGGAGAAGCCUGAUGGAGGGGAGAAGCCCCACAAGUGCCUGGAAUGUGGGAAGGGUUUCAGGUGGAGCUCCCACCUGAUCCGGCACCAGGUGAUCCAUAGUGGGGAACGGCCCUACGAGUGUGGGGAGUGUGGGAAGCGCUUCAACCUCAGAUCCAGCCUGGUCCUGCACAAGAGGAUCCACACUGGGGAAAAGCCCUUUAAGUGUGGGGAGUGUGGCAUGAGCUUCAGACACAGCUCAAAUCUGGUCUUGCACAAGAGGAUCCACACUGGGGAACGGCCUUAUGAGUGUGGGGAAUGUGGGAAGAGCUUUAGAGAAAGCUCAAGCCUGAAACAACACCGGAGGAUCCACACUGGGGAAAAGCCCUAUGAGUGUGGAGAGUGUGGGAAGAGCUUUAGCCAGAAGAGCCAACUUACUGAACACCAGGUGAUCCACACUGGGGAACGGCCCUAUGAGUGUGGGGAGUGUGGGAAGAGCUUCAGCCACCGCUCCCAACUUGCCCAGCACAAGAGGAUCCACACCGGAGAACGGCCCUUUAAGUGUGGGGAAUGUGGGAGCAGCUUCAGCAAGAAUUCCACCCUGAUCCGGCACCAGGUGAUCCACACUGGGGAAAAGCCCUACAAGUGUGGGGAAUGUGGGAAGAGCUUCCGCCAGAGGGGCCACCUGAUGCAACACCAGGUAAUUCACACUGGGAAACGGCCCUAUGAGUGUGGGGAGUGUGGGAUGAGCUUCAGCCAGAAAGGCACUCUUACACAACACCAGAGGAUCCACACUGGUGGAAAGCCCUAUGAAUGUGUGGAAUGUGGGAAGAGCUUCAGGUACAGCUCUGGCCUUAGGAAACACCAGAGGAUCCACACUGGGGAAAAGCCCUACAAGUGUGGAGAAUGUGGGAAGAGCUUCAUCCAGAGAUACCAGCUGAGGGAACACCAGAGGAUCCACACUGGGGAGAAGCCCUACAAGUGUGGGGAAUGUGGGAAGAGCUUCAGAGAAAGCUCGGCCCUGAUCCGGCACCAGGUGAUCCACACUGGGGAAGGGCUCUACACCUGCUUGGAAUGUGGGAAGGGCUUUGGAUUGAGCUCCGACCUUAGGAAACACGAGCGCAUCCACACAGGGGAGAGGCCUUACAAGUGUGCUGAGUGUGGGAAGAGCUUUAAGAUCAGCUCCACUCUCCUCGUACAUCAGCGGAUUCACACAGAGGAGAGGCCCUUCCGCUGCCCCGACUGUGGGAAGGGCUUCAACCGUAACUCCACCCUCACUGUCCACCGGCGCAUCCACACCGGGGAGAGGCCCUACAAGUGUCCCCAGUGUGGGAAGAGCUUCUCAGACAGAGCUAUCUUGACCAAACACCAACGGAGGCACCACUAAGGGAAGCCCUGUGAGUGCCCCGAUAUCAUUAUGAUUUGGGAUUGCAAAAUAACGAUACGAAACUUGGAGCCUUCAUUGUAGUGCAUAUAGAAAAGGUUUAUUAGAAACACUCUUUUUAUGCAGUACUUCAGUACAGUGAAUAUGAUUGGUCAUUUAGAGCCUACACGUCUUUGUAAACCUCCUUGCCAGUAAGCAAGAUAGAAAAAAUAUCAUGUUCUAAGGGUUUUUCACCUCCGAAGGAUUGUUUGGAUUCCUCUCCAUGAAUUCUCAGGCUGGAAUAUGAGCUUUGCUCACUUGUCUUUCCCAUAGACUCUAGUUAGUGCCUGAAGCCUGAAAUUCUGAUCACUGUCAGUUCCCCCAGCCCGAGAGCAGGAAGAGCUCCGUGCGCUGCUCCAGCUCCAUCCCCCAUGGGAGGAUCGGCGUUGGAUGAUCCCCAGUGACCCCCGUUGGGCAGAGCCCUGGUGAUCCGUGGUCCUGGUGAUCCCUGUUGGGAAGACACCUGGCUGGGAUGCUCCACAUCUUCCUGUCUCCCUGUAGGCGCCUGGAUGAAUGCAGGGGCAGGAAUAUCCCAGUGCCUCUGCAGGACUCUGAGGGGCACCAAGCUGGAACAGCAGGAAUGAGCAGAAAUGCCAGGCUGGUGGAUGAGAUGUAUCAGAAGCUCCUCGGUGGUAGCUGGAACUGUGGCUGGAACUAAGAGACAUCCAGGCAGGGCAGGGGGUACAGGGCUACAGCAUAGCAGAACACCGAGAGCAGUGCACAAGAGGCGGUGGGGCUGAGAAAGCCGCAGAUGGGCUCCAGCAGGGGCAGGAGAAGGCCAGCUCGGGAUUCCUGGACACAGGAGCAGAUGGUGAUUGAUUUCCUGUGUCUGGACUCCAGUAGUGAGAGGGAAUUCUCCCCGCAGUAAGCAACAGCUUGAUUCUCCUCCUUACAAGAGUGAGAGAGAGCAGCUGCCCCCAGCCCUGUCCUUUACCUGCCCCCAAAACUCGCGGUAUCUUCCCCUGUGAGAGAAAACUCCCAGAGACAAAAGAAGUGUAGCCAGGUGCUACAGUCCUCUCCUCUGGCAAUUUCUUUUGUUUUUUGCCUAAGUAGCCCUAAGUACCCAGUAGUUAAAUUCCUAGCAACUUAUGGAAAAAAUUCUAUGAAUAAAAAAGAAACAAAUCUU